AUGACCAUUUGUGGCCUUGUGGGAUUUUGGUUCUGGCAGCAAAUCCCCCGAGAGUUCUGCUGGAAUUCUGAUGGAGUGGUGCCUCAGCAGUGCCGUCUUGAGACGAUGUCUGGAAGUUGGAAUGUGGAUGUGAAAAGGAUUGGGAGAGAAAUCUUCUUGGAAGAGGGUUGGGAAGAAUUUGUUGUUGGAAACUCUUUGAAGCUAGGUGAAUAUGUGACUCUGCAUUACUAUGGACAUGCCAAGUUCUUUGUUGAAAUCUAUGGACACAAUCACUGUGAAAGGUCAAAGGCCAGCAAAACUGACAGGUUUCUUGAAGAUGAAGAUGAAGAUGAUGUUAUUAUUAUUGACUCUGAUUCUGAUUCAGAUGAUGUUCUCAUGUGGUUCUGA